AUGAGGGAGUUUAUGGUCUAUGUCCAGAACGCCUUCUACGAUGCGACGGGGUGGAGCCAGGACAAUUCGUACUCGACCUUAAAUUCAACUGCACAUGAACUCCUCUGCUUCUCCACACCGCAAGGCCUCCGCCUAAACCUCUCCUCUCUCGCCACCCCCCACUUCGCGACAUCAUACCAGCUCGGCUCAGUCGGAAUCGUCGACGGCUCCGUCUCCUACCUCUACUCCUCCGUCCCUCUUAAGGACCAAUUCACGCCGCAGUCAGAAUCCCUCUCGCUCCCGAGUCUAUGCCGCGGGUAUAGAACCCUACGACAGCUCCAUCGACGCGACCCCGUUCAGGCGAUACAACCCAUUGUCAAAGACGGACCGUCGUUGCUGUACGGGAGGUUAUAUUUGCCUCAGUCGUUAUUGGAAGCGCUCGUGGUGAAGAGGUUUUCUUCGGGUUUGCAGCUUCAACUCCGCGCCGUAUCCUCGAAGGCGCUUAGGAAUGGCGGUUCGCUCCUCGGUCUUGCGCAGUACGACGUGGGGAAAUAUGCCGUCGAAGGCCUGGCGUCUUCGGACGGCGGGUUAUUGGGGCUGAGGGGCGUGUACAACUUUGGCGGAGACGCGAAGGAGCCACACCAGAACGGUUCCCCCGAACCCGCGAGUAACGGGAACGGUGCGGAUCGAGAGCGUAUAUACGGCCGGUUCACGGCCGGCGGGGAGAUAUACUACGGCACACUGAAUAAAUCCGGAGGCAUCAGCUGCGGUCUGCGCUUCGCUACGCUUCCCUCGUACAGGGGUACGCCGCUGACGGCGACGCUGACGCUAAAUCCCUUGAUGGGCAGCAUCCGCGCGAGCUACUCGGUCAUGGCGGGCCGGCACUGCAGCCUCGCGACGAUGUUGGAUUUCAAUGUGUAUAGCUACGAGAGCAACUGGUCCGUGGGCGUGGAGCUUUGGCGCAAGGAGUUCCUAAGGCAUGUGGAAGAAGAUGUGACGACGACGACGGCCGUGCAGGAGGAGGUGGCCGCUCUUGCGAGUACCCUUGACCCUGCUGUAGCCAAGGCGUGGAGUAGGAGUUUGCAGGCUAAGCUGGAGUGGAGGCUUGAUGAGCCGGGGGCAAAGGCGCCGCAAGUAGUUGAGAAGAAGACUGUGCCCAAGAGGAGGAGUUUACCGAGGAAGAAGAAGAGCGUGCCGGAGAAGAAGAAGGAGGACGAUGAUGAUGAGUAUAAUGGGGUGAUUAAGGCGAGGUUCGGACAGAAUAGAAUAGGGAUACUGUGGGAGGGGAGGGUGAAGUCGCUGCUGUAUAGUGUUGGGAGUGGGAUUGAUUUGCGGAACCCGGAUCAACCGUUUAGGACGCUUGGGUUGGAGAUUCAGUAUUCGUCUUGA